AUGGCUAGCAGAGGCAGCAGCCAUGGCCAAUCUUCUGAUUUUGCAUUACACAGAAUGAGAGGUAGAUGGUUUUCUCUCUAUGCAGCAUUUCUAAUCAUGGCAGGGAGUGGAACAAUGUACUUGUUUGGAAUCUAUUCAACAGAGAUAGCUCUUAGCCUAGGAUAUGAUCAAUCAGAACUCAGAUACUUGACAUUUUACAAAGACUUUGGUGCAAACUUUGCUGUCAUGAAUGGCCUUUUUGCUGAGAUAGCCCCAUCAUGGCUUCUCCUUCUUCUCAGUGCAGGGAUGAAUUUCUGGGCUUACUUCAUGAUAUGGUUGGCUGUUACACAAAGAGUAGCUAGACCUGAGUUAUGGCAAAUGUGUUUCUACAUUUUCAUUGGAGCCAAUGCCCCUAAUUUUUCAGGCACAAGAGCCAUUGUCACAAGUGUCAGAAACUUCCCAGAAAGUAGGGGUGUUGUGCUGGGUCUCUUAAAAAGCUACAUUGGAUUAAGCGGACCUAUCUUCAUGCAAAUUCACCAUGCCCUUGGCGGAAAUGACUUGAAAUCGUUAAUCUUGUUCAUCGCAUGGUUCCCAGCCGUCAUUAAUCUCGUGCUCAUGUUCGCGUUCCGCGAAAAGAAGUUUGUGAGGCAGCCUCAGGAGAUGAGGGUGUUCUACCAUUACCUCUAUGUUUCAAUUGCCAUGGCAAUGUUUGUGAUGGCCUUUACAAUUAUUCAAAAACAUGUUGAAUUCUCUCAAGUGGGGUAUGCAGGAUGUGCCAUGGUGGUUUUUGUGAUGCUCUUUGUUCUCCCUCUUCUAAUCUCCAUUAGAGAAGAGCAUUUUGAUUGGACUAUAAACAAUUCUUACAACAAAACCAACAUUGAGAAUGUCCCUAGAGCGAUUCAGAUUCAACCCAAAGUGAAUGGUUAUGAACAUGGAAAUUCAAGUGAAAUGUCAUCGUUUUUCGACAAAAUAUUCAACAAACCCGGAAGAGGUGAAGACCACACAAUUUUACAAGCAAUUCUAAGCAUGGACAUGAUGUAUUUGUUCAUAACAACAGCUUGUGGAAUAGGGACAGGACUAACCGCUAUAAACAACUUAGAGCGAAUUGGUGAGGCAUUGGGGUACCCUUCAAGAACCAUACAAGCAUUUUCAUCCCUUCUAAACAUAUGGAACUAUGUUGGGAGAGUUUUCUCUGGCUUCGUCUCGGAGUAUUUGCUUCGCAAAUACAAAAUCCCACGCCCCGUGAUGCUAACAUUUAUGUUAGCUUUGUCGAGCGUUGGCUACAUUCUCAUUGCAUUUCCCUUUAACGGGUCCAUUUACGUGGCGUGUGUGAUCAUUGGAUUCUCAUUUGGUUCGCAAUUGCCAUUGGUGAACGCGAUCAUUUCGGAGCUUUUCGGGCUCAAGCACUUCUCAACAUUGUUCAAUUGUGGACAAUCAGCGAGUCCUCUUGGUGCUUACCUCUUGAAUGCGAAGAUUGUGCAGCCUAAUUAUGAGAGGAUGUCAGAUAGUUUGAUAGUAGAAGGUGCAGGUGUUGGGAACAUGAUAUGUUCAGGGGAGGUUUGUUUCAAAGACUCUUUCACGGUUUUGGCAUCGGUUGCAAUUCUUGGAGGUUUUGUUUCUCAAAUUUUGAUGGAAAGAACUAAGAGAUUUUAUGAGGGAGAUAUUUAUAAGAGGUUUAGAGAUCCUCCUAACAAUAAUGCAGAGGAACAAACAUCUUCAUCCUCAGCUCGGUGA